AUGAGCACCAUUGUGAAUGAGCUGAAUACUCUUGAUGAUCACAAUAUCACUGACUUGAUGCAAAACAGAAGAUUUCUUCUAUCUCUUCCUAUGAAGUACACCAUUGUCUGCGAGUUGAUCAAGCAUAGGCCAGACUUCAAGGAGUUAACUCCCACCUGGGUGCUUGGAAGAAUUGUGUCCUAUGAGCUUGAUCAGGAAGAAAAGAAGAUGAUCCAUGGUUUUGGAUCCAGUUCGAAGAAGAACAAUAUUGCACCGAAGGCCAAGAAAUCAUCCAAGAAGAUUGUCAGCUCCAGUGAAGAAUCUGAAGACUCAUCUUUGUCAGAUGAAGAAUCCAACUCCAGUGACGAGCUUGCUCUGUUUGUGAAGAAGUUUGGAAGAAAGUUUGGAAACAAACUGAAGCACCAAGGUGAAUCCAGCUCCUCUAAGUAUCGGAAAUCUGCUCAUCGGAAAAAAUCUGAUAUGGCCAAAAGAGCUUGCUUCAACUGUGGGAAGAAAGGUCACUUCAUCGCUGAAUGUCCCGAGAAAGCUGACGAAGACAAGGUGAAGAAGGGAUUCAAGAAACAUCCUCACAAGAAGAGCCAUGACCAUUCUUCAUCAUCUGAAGAAUCAUCUGGCUCUGAGUCUGAAGACGGUGUCGCCGGAUUGGCCAUAGCUAUUUCAUCUGCCAGAGAGAAGACUUCACUAUUUGAGUCUACAGAUUCAUCUGAAGAUGCCUCCGGAGACGAUCGCAACUCACCAUCAUGCUUCAUGGCAAAAUCCUCUAAGGCUCAUAAGGAUAUGAAGAAAACUUAUGCUGAGAUUAGUCUUAAAUAUGUUUCGAUCAAACUCGAGCAUGAUAAUCUGAAGAAUUCUCAUGAGGACAUCAAAUCUGAGAAUCUUGAUCUCAAUGCUAAGCUAGUCAACUUACCUCAACACGGUGAUUCCUCUGAAGUAUGUUCUAAAUGCAAUUCUUCAUUGAACAUCAUUCCUCAAAUCACUACUUCACAUGCUGUGACUCAAACUGAUUUCCCUGCUUCAAUUGAUUCACCUGAUAUUACUUCUAGCUUUACUACUAUUGGUGAAUCUUGCACUGCUGUCACUAACCCUUCACCUAGUGAUCUCUCACUGACUGAAGAAAAUGCUAAGUUGAAGAAUCAGAUUGAGGCUGGUAUCCUCAAGUGUCAUGAAGGGACUGAAACCUUGAACCAGAUUAUUGGUCUUCAAAUUCCUCGCCGAUGCAAGGAUGGUAUCGGUUUUGAGAGGAAAUACAAUGUCAACGGUGAUGCUUGGCUCCCUGAGCAAUAUCCCCCUACAAAAUUUGUCCAGGGAAGAGGGAAAUAUACUGAGGUUCCUCCUUUUGUGGGAAAUCUGAAUCCCCGCAAGGAUGCUUCAAAGCGUCCCAAUACUUCACGUGUUUACCCGAUUUCCAUGUUAAUGAAUCUUACAUUUUGA